UCCUGCGCCCAGAGGAAAUGAUGCUCCCGAAUUCUCCAGUGAAAGACAUUGCCGGAGGAUCUUGGCAUAGCCUACUUCUCACUGAUGGUGGGAAUGUCUUCUCCUGGGGGAUGGGGCAAGAGGGACAGCUUGGACUUGGAGAGAAAACAGUUCAUGUCUCUACUCCAUGUCUCCUUAGUUAUUCUCAACUCGUCGAGGUCACACAUCUACAAGCAGGAGACAGCUACAGUGCAGCUGUGACAGCAGGUGGAGAGCUGCUGCUUUGGGGUCAAAUCCCUUGCGUGUCUUGGGUCAGUGAUCAUCCAGGCCUCAAAAGGCUCUGGACCCCCCAGUCUGUUCCACUGGCAAGUAGAAAGGUGUGUGAUGUGGCCUGCGGUACCUGGCAUAUAAUGGCAAUAACCACAGGUAAGUAAUUAUCAUCCAUUUCUGUGUGUUCU